AUAAGGAGACAUGACCUGUUGGGCCUUAUUUUGAUGUAUUGCUAUUGACUGUGUGUAGUAUAUAUUAAUUAAAUGUUUAAUGUGUCUGUCAUGCAUAACAUUUUUGCUCACAAAUAUUUCAUGAAAGACCCAUUCUUGUGAUAGACAUAAUGUAAUCCAGCAAUAAUAGGCCUCACCAGCAUGCAUAAAAAGGAUCCACCACAAGUGAAUUUACUAUGCAUUUUGAUAAUAGCAAUUUCAAUAGCUGUGGUGUUGUAUUCUUUCCCAGAUGACAGCUAUGGUUUAUCCACACUCCUGUUACAAAGAGCCUCUCAGUGGUCUGAAAGGACAUGUCACAACAGGAACGUAAAGUAUCCAACAAUCACUGUCAUCUCGGCCACACCGUGUGGGGUGUCAGUCUGAGUCAUUCCUGUCUCGAAGAGAUAGGUACAGGUAAAUUCUGUCCAAUAGUAAAAUUUUAUGACUAGCAAAUACAGCAAGGAAACAUCUUGUGGAUACAUAUUCCUACCUGUAGGAUUUUGGGUACAGGAUUUUGAUUGGUGACAGGUGUGACAGUGACUGAUACAUCCUUCUCACAACAAUGGCACACAAAAGCCUUUCUUCUCAUCAAUGAACACAGAGCACAGCUUUAAUCAUGUUGACAAUGCCGGUCAUAACCCUCAUGAAUUGAUUAUGUGUCCAUGGAUACAUGUAUGUCAUCUCCAGUUGGUAUUGAAGUAUGGUUGAGUGUCUUGACAAUCCUCCACAGCACUGUUAGAAUUCUUUUGGACCAGGAUCAUUACAGCCAAGAUAGAUUCCUGACUUGGACUUUACUGUUGGAAUUGUUUACAAAGGGAUAAUGUGUGUGUGUAUAUACAGCUGCAAGUAAGGCCUCAUCUUUGCUUUGGUUACUACUUAUUUUACCUUAAAUACAUCAUAAAUAAUCUCUGUCACAAGGGGCAGUUUUCAGUGUUGGGUUUCUUUGGACGGCUCCUCAUGGUUUGCAACGUUUUCACAUCAAAACUACACUGCUGACAGCAUCCAUGCCUCUUGACAGGAGAAGAGGAACACGUGAAUGUUUAUACCUGAAAAGUUGACCAGCUGCUCUUUGUUUAGUCUCCUGACUUUCUGAUCACACAAGUGAAGCCUUCUGAAGGUACCUCCUGUCUCUAGACUUACUUGGACUCAAGCCCUCCCAUCCCAAACAAUUUACCAACGUUUUAAGUACAUUUGAAUGCAGUAGGAUCGUUGUCUCAGUCCAAAUUGAUAAGCAUUGUGAGUAGGAACGGUGUCUAACAGAAAGAACAUGGAGUAUAUUUGAUGACCGCUGUCAGAAGUACCAUGGCCACACCAGACUUUGAUAAUGACCUGGGAGACUCGGACGACUACGAAACGGACCUGGAACUGGAAGAGCCCGAAGUUGUCCAGCAGGAGUAUGACCCUGUGAGUGAGAUGACCAGACUGUACCGGUCAGUCUGCAGAAGGACAGGAGUGGUCCCAGCGUCCACAUUCCUGCGUCACCUCACGGCCAGUGAGCUCAACAUGGACCACUAUGGGCUGGGUCCUUUGGGGACAAAGUGCAUUGCAACUGCCCUCAAGAUGAGCACCUUCAUAGAGACGCUGAGCUUAGAAGACAACUGGAUGACUGGUGAGGGAGGGGUGUACAUGGCAGACAUGCUUAAGGAAAAUCCCAGCAUCACAGACAUUAAUCUGGCCAGCAACAGACUUGGUACUGAAGGCUCAGAGGCAAUAGGUGACAUGUUACUGGAGAACCGGUCUCUCAGGAGAGUUAAUCUGGCAGACAACAAAUUCAGUGACAGGGAUGCUAUGUUCUUUGCCGGUGCUAUGCAGAGUAACAGAUAUCUGGAGGAACUCAACCUGAGUGGAAACGAGUUCAGUGAAGUAGGCGGAGGAUUUAUGGGAGCUGGGAUAGGUGCAAAUGAGACAAUCACUGCCCUGAACCUGAGCUGGAAUCACCUGCGGCUGAAGGGUGUGUUUGCUCUGUGCAGGGGACUGAGGAGCAACAACACACUGCAGUGGCUGGACGUGUCAUGGAAUGGGUUUGAUGACGAAGGUGCAUCUGGCCUGGCCACCGUGCUGAAGUACAAUGAAGUGCUGACUUACCUGGAUUUAACCAACAACAGGAUUUCAACAAGAGGCGCAAUGAAAAUGGCUAAGGCACUGUGUAUCAACAAAACCCUACAUACCCUUAAACUUGGGAAGAACCCUAUUGGCAUGGAUGGGUCACUGCAGCUGCUAAAGGCGGUCAGAAGCAAUGAAGAGUCUGGUAUGCACGUGCUGGAUCUGACGGAUGUGCUGUUGAGUCAGGAGUUCCUGGACCUGUACACUGUUGUCCAACAGGAGCGGCCACACUUCAGUGUAGUGUAUGGAGGGGUGGGGCAGGACCUUGGCUGGAUGGUGAAUGACAAAAAGCACUUGAAGCGAGACCCCAUGCAGGUCUUCCAGGACUACAUCUACAAGAACCACACACGAGUCAUCACUGUCUUCCAGAGUUUCAACCGGGGGGACCGGGAUAGAGUCACCAGGGAAGCAUUCAAAAAGGGCAUUAAGACAGCCAAAAUCCCGUUGGCGCCUCAUGAAAUCGAACACAUGCUGGACGUGCUGGAUUCUGAUGGUGACGGCAUGAUCAGUUAUGGUGAUGUUAUGGCUGGCCAGAAGGAAUUGUUUAAGAAGAAGAGGGAGGAGGAGUGGAAAAAGUACACAGAGGUGCUCGAGGAGCGCAGGCGUAGAAGACAAGUCAAGGAGAAGUUAGAGGGUGCCAUGGAUGUGUUAGACAAGGAACCCAGGAGUGCAGAGGCCUGGAUCAGGGCCCUCCAGCGCAUGAAGCACAAACAGAUGACUCCGUCACGAUCUAGUACAAGAUCUGGAUCCCGACUGGGACUAGGGAGAUCUGACAGCAGAGCCAGAAGCCCGUCACCGGCAGGAACCACAGAUGAGACCAAACAGGUGACCAGGACCAAGACCCCACAGCUGAUGAGUGUUGUGGGCAAUGUCUGGAAGAAGGCACAUCCAAACUAGAAAGGCUGACAUCUUUUAGGUUGGGUGUACCAAAUGAAUGCACUUAUUCCCAAAAGUGAAUUUCGAGAUAAAUACUGAGUGACAGGCAUUUGAGUAACCUGCAAAGAGUUGGACGCACGAACAUUCUCAAGUCAUAACCACAAGCUGUCAGAUAAAAACGGACAUACAAGUACAAUGGAGCUAACAGGUGAAGAUCAUGACAUGUCAUAGGAAGGGAGAGAACAGUAGGCACACAUAGAACUGCUAUGAAAAGGUCCACUGCAGUUUUUUAAAAAAAGUAUGUAAGAGGCCUAAAUCCCAGGCAGAUACCCCAAAGAUAGCUUUUAAAGGAAUUCGUACAAGUAGGGUUUGACUAAGAUACUAAUAUUCUUAGUAUACAUGUAUACAGAUAUUAAGAUUCUUUUCUGGCACAGUAUUAGUCGUAAACUAUCAUAUGGAAGAUGAAGUGUCUUGAAGUCAGGAUGGUUGCUGUUAAUGAUGGUAACUAAUGUUUGAUUACCGAAUAUAUACCUUAUGUCUUCUAUUGUAAUAUCUUGUAGUAAUUGUUGCAAAUAAACCAUAGUUUAGAUGGAGCAAUU